UCGCCACCCCCCGCCCUCGUCCCCCCAGCAGGCAGCACUCGAGCACAUCAGAGCAUGCCAUCAGCACCAGCAGUGACGGAGAGAGAGAGAGAGAGCAGCCGAGGCGCGGGGGUGACUGCACACAGGGUGGUGCGGUGCCACUCCGAAAGCCGUAAAUUCGCCCCAGCUUGUGCGCAGCACUUCUAUUCCUCCUGUUCACAGGACGAAUCAUGAUUCGACUUCGUCUUGUUGCGGUUGCGCUGACUCUCACGACCAAGGCACACACCUGCAGUGGCUUCAUCCCUGCUGCUGCUGCUGCUGCUGCUGCUGCUGUAUCCAGAAUACCGAGGCCGGUGUUUCGAAGUCCAGGGGCGAACAGUAAUGGUCGACAUGUGGGUGCCUGCUCUCCCCCUACUGAUCGGUUUCGACCGCCGCGAACGCUGAAGAAUGGAGCAGCCGACAGCAGCGAUGACAUCGAUCUCAGCUCCGCGAUGGCGAACGCGCGUGCGAACCUCGCGGCAGGCACGUCUCCGGGGGCGGGGCUUAACUCCGCGUUUGACCAAGCGGACGCCGCGUUUGCAGACCUAAUCGUAACGAGCGUUGACGACCAGGGGGUAACGCUGGACGAUGAGGAGGUGCAAGAGCUCGCUCAGUCAGGAAUGAUGGAUCAAGACAGCACGUCCAAGAAGAGCAAGGGCCUCUUUGGCGACAUGAAGGAUGUGUUCGGGGCACUGAGCGGCGGAGCUCACAUCGUCAAGCGUGACGACGGCACUUUGUGACGUCACGUCUCCACGUACACAUUGGGUUGUUUACCAUGGGAUUUUUGUUCGCCACCGCGGUUCUUUUACCAUGUUGUGGGGUCCGCCGCCGUGUUGUAUGGUACAUCUUGCGUAUGCGGGAUCCAGACAGUUGGCGUGACCUGCGCGUGUACUACUGUCCGAGCCACACCAUAUGCGCCAUAUUUUCGUCCCUUGCCCCUGUUUUUUCUUUCUCAGUUGUUGCGAAGAACACGCAGUAUUCUUGCAAAUGAGAACGGGGAAAUGCUUGGAGGUUGUCGUGGGCAGCCCGACGUACCCCCCGUCACUUGACGCAUGCGGCUUCUGUGUGUAGUGACGUAAAAUUCGAGCUUGAAGUCAAGGCAUUCACAUGCACCAACAGGGUACCGGGCGCCAACUUGAACUUCAUGGAUGCUAAGAGCCGUUUGAGAGGGAUGUGUCCCAGCCCGAGAUCGAUUGCCAUCCAACAAUGUUCACGUAACACAUGGGGGCACAACGUGCGCAAGGGAAACUGUACGAAGGGGGGCACUGCUUACCGCUCUCAGAGAUUGCUUACCACUGUACAAAAAAGCCCUCUCUGCCGGUGCACCAACGCCAAAGCUUUGUUCCGCGGUAUCUUGCGUGGUCAACCGGUUGAUGCGGUCUUCC